CUACAAACAAAAGCAUCUAUACCAUACACCUCCUCUCCUAGUCCACCAUCCACAACAAUGCCCACCGACCUCCCCUACGCCGCCGAAGCUGAAACUUCCCUGUCCCCCGAUGAGCUCGAAGUCCUGAGAAGACAAUACUAUAAGGAGAUCGAACAAGGACACGUGUCUGUUCAGAGCAAAUUCAACUAUGGAUGGGGUUUGAUAAAGUCUGGAGGCAACGAGCUGCAAACAGAGGGUAUCAAGCUCUUACAAGAAAUUUACUCUGCCUCCCCCGACCACCGCCGCGAAUGCACCUACUACAUUGCCGUAGGCUACUACAAACUCGGCAACUAUGCCUACGCCCGUAAAUUCAACAACCUCCUCUUAUCCGUCGAGCCAGACAAUAUGCAGGCGAAGAGUUUGGGAGAGUUGAUCGAAGGAGCGGUGAAGAGGGAUGGAUUGAUUGGUGAGUCGGCCCUUGCUUUUCAACGGGACUGUCCAUGGUGGUCUGCUACGGGUUUGGUAUGACAUGGGCAGAAUAGGAUCCUUACGAGACCACCACGCAGUGUCAACACCACCAUCGAGAGAAAGAAAGCUAACUUCAUUCAGGUAUCGGCCUCAUCACAGGCGCCGUCGCCCUCACCGGCCUCGUCCUCGGCUCUGUCCUGCACCGCAAUAGGAGGUAGUCUACAUGUGCUCUAUGCUCCUAACUCUAUGGUUGCUCUUUCAAUUGGUCAUGAGGUAUGAAUCAAUGUUGUUAUUUGUACAAGGGCCUUUGCGGAAGAAGGGGAGGGUGAGACGAUGAGGUGAUGAGGUGUACUUGGUCUCUGCUUGAGGUUUUGACGGCGCGGUUUCUCGAGAAUGGUAUGAGUACAGACCUGUGACUGCUCCAGAAGACCAUACUACUCACGGACGUAUAUGGAGGAGCCUCGCGUAAGGAUACAAACCCGCAUGCUAUCAAUGAC